CACCAUGAGGACCACGAUUCUAGCGGUCACGGUAUUCGUGGCUAUCGCGGCAGUGUCAGCAUCUAGGUCGGCGCGGCAGGCGCAUUACCAGCCCAGCGGCGGCGCAGCAGCUAGCCGGGGAUCUGCCGGCUACGACGCCUACCAGCCUCAGCAGGCGCAGGCGCAGUCCUUCAGGCCGCAGGUGCAGGCGGCGCCGCAACAGUCGUACGACCAGUCCGCCUUCCAGGGACAGCCGGCCCCGCGGGGAAGGGCCACGGUGCAGUCCUUCGGCGGCGGACUCGCAAGGCCCACGCAGCAGCAGCAGUCGCAGGGAGGACAACAGGACGACAACAGAGACAGAUCCCAGAGCGAAGAGGAGGAGGAGGAGAAGCCCAACCCACUGACGCUUCUGCUCGAGAAGUCCACGUUUACCUGCUCCAGCAAGACAGACGGCUAUUACGCGGACAACUCGGUAAACUGCCAAGUAUUCCACUACUGUGUCGGUGGCGCCAAGCACUCGUGGAUGUGCCCCGAGGGUACAGUGUUCCACCAGGUGCACCUGAACUGCGUGCCCGCUAGCCAGGACAUCUGCAACAGCGCCGAAAAGUUCUUCUUCGUCAACGACUACUUGCACAAGGAGCUGGAGACCCGUGGCCCCAACAACACCGUGCUCUACGCCCAGCGAUACUACCCUGAGGGAUACGUGCUGGGUGAUCCCUUCCAAGUACCAUCUGGUGGCCAGGCCCCCCGUGCACAGGCACCACCUCAGCAGGCCCCUUACGAGCCCCAGCCACAGGCUCCAGCCAGGCAGGCCUUCCGUGGACAGGCCUCCCCUCGUGGACCCCCCGCCCAGUUCCAGCCCCAGCAGUUCCAGCCACAGUCCCCUCCUCAGUACAGCUCUCAGCAGCCCGCAGCUCCUGCGCAGUUCGGUGGAACACAGCCCAGCCGGGGAUCCGGUGGCAACGGCUUUGGCUUUCCCCCCACACGCACCUACAUAAUCCCCGCUCCUAACAAGGCACCAGCAUCAGACUCAAACCCAUCCUACCUCUACCGCCAGGGUGCCGCCUCCAAUUCGGCCCAGUCCCAUCAGAGCUCGGUCAAGUAUGACGACGACUACUGAGAGGCAUAGGAACAGU